CUUGAAAGCUUAAAAAUGUCAGAAAUUUUGUCAGUUUUUUUAAAAUGUCAACAGAUGUGGGAUCACUUUCAAGUAAAGCUUCAACAUUUGGGGAACAUCUAUUUUCCCUCGAAGAAAUCCAUCGUUUUAUUAAAGACUGUAUGAUGGCUGUAAAUACUUCAGAAAAUCACGCAAAAGUUUUUGCUGCUUGUUUAACUGAAGCUGAUUACAAGGGCCAUUACUGUGAGGGACUAAAUAAAUUAGAAACAUACAUUAACGAAAUUCAGCAAGGUGGUUGUAACCCUAAUGCGGAUCCAGAAAUUUUAAAAGAAUCACCCGUCACAGCUUGGGUUAACGGGCAAAAUGGUCUAGGAGUAGUCGUGUCCCAUUUCUGUAUGGACUUAGCAAUAAAAAAAGCAAAAGAUUCGGGAAUUGGAUGGGUUGUUGCAAAGGGCUCGAACAGUUUUGGAAUCGCGGGAAUUUACUCAGUUAAAGCCCUUGAGGAAGGUUUGCUAGGCAUGAGUUUCACAAACGGAUCACCCAUGGUAGCACCAACACGUGCCAUGGAAGGCGCGCUUGGCACGAACCCAAUUUCGGUGGCAGCUCCGGCUUUAGAUGGCGACAGUUUUGUGUUAGAUAUGGCAACAGCCGCUGUCGCGGUUGGCAAGAUUGAAAUCCUCAGCAGGAAAAAUUUGCCAGUGCCUACAGACUGGGCAAAUCCCAAAACUGGUGCUAUGAGACCUCUAGGGGGGCAUGAGCCCAACUCGAAUUAUAAGGGGUUUGGGUUGGGUUUUUUCGUUGAAGUUAUUUGUGGAAUUCUGGCUGGUUCUGCCUAUGGUCCCAAUAUACGCAAAUACGGGGAUUUGGGCCAAAUUGCAAAUCUUGGACAAUGUUUUGUAGCGCUAAACCCGACCUACUUUGCUCCUGGUUUCGAGGAACGGUUGACAGAUUUGUUGAAUUUUAUCAGGAAUAUGCAACCGGCCGACCCAGAGAAACCUGUCAUGGUUCCAGGGGACCGGGAGCGGGAACAUAUGGCCACGGUAGACCAAGAAGGUGGAAUACAUUACUGUCGAGAUUUGGUCGAAUCUUGUAAUAAUUUAGCCGAAAGUCUAAACGUCGUACCUUUAAGUCCUUUACGAUAAUAAAUUAUUUUAUUAUA